AGCCAAUCGGUCGUGCUUUUCCCACACGCGCAGCUGCUUUCCGAUCGCCUCUGUUUGUUUGUGGUAUAAUAUAAUACCCCCGCCCACCCGCGAUCGCCCGACCAUCCCCCCCGCGCGCCCCUAGAUCGCGAACAAAGAGUGGAAAAUUUCCGUGUCAGCUGAAAAAACCCUUUGGCAACCAGCAACCAGUAUUCCCUUGGGCCCGUAACGCUGCGGCCCCCCGUAAACACCGGAUCCGUAGUAUCCCCCACCUAAAUGGGUGUGAGGCGUAGUAUGCCAGUGAACUGUGCCAACAAGGACUGUCUGGGUCUCCGCAAGCGUGUCUGUGGUCUGCACCAAACCUGGAAGUGGCUGCAUCAGACGCCCGCUCUGCACGAAUACCUAAUCUCGGCCAGCUCCGUGGCUGCAAACACAUCCCGAUUCGGCCAGAACGCCACAGUCUAAAGUCCAGAGCGACCAAAGCCAUCUGAAAAAACCAAAACGAAUACACAGCGUAGAUAGUAGCCCAAAAACAAAGACAUAACCUAAAGCAGAGCGCACACAGAACCGUAGAAACCAACCCAUCUGAACGAUCAACCCGUCAAGAGCUUUUUUCGACACCAUUGACCUUGUUUCGCUUGCAAGUGCACUGCUACUCAGUUCACCUGGCAACAGAAA